UACCUCUAUAAAAUCCUCGCUUCCCCCAGCCUUUUCUCACAACCCCACACCAAUACCAGCUGUUUCGUUGAAAAAAAAAAAAGAAGAGAUAAAGCACUGUCUCACUCUCUUUUUUAAACGGAAAACGGAAAGUCUUUACCUUUUUGAAUGGCGCCGAGGGAGAAAACGGCGGCCGUCAAGGGUAACGGCAACGGUAACGGGAAUAGUAAGGAGUUUCAUUUUAGAGGAGUGAGGAAGCGUCCGUGGGGCCGUUACGCUGCUGAGAUUAGAGAUCCGGGGAAGAAGAGCCGUGUUUGGCUAGGAACUUUUGAUACGGCUGAGGAAGCCGCCAGAGCCUACGACGCCGCCGCUCGUGACUUUCGCGGCGCCAAGGCUAAGACUAAUUUUCCUCUCCCCUUUGAAAAUCUUAACAACGGUAAUAACUGUAGCAAUAAUGGUACUAACAACAACCAGAGCCCCAGCCAGAGCAGUACCGUGGAGUCCUCGAGCCGUGAGCGGACGCCCUUGACGGAUUCUUCCCCGUUGAAUCUCAAACUCCGACACGGAACAGCAGUUAAGGGGUACGAGUCUUCCACUGUUAGGUUUCCUUUCCAGCAAGUUUCACCGGUUGCGGGCGUUUUUGCGGACGGUGUGCCGGCUAUUGCGAGGCCUCAAAUUUUUUACUUUGAUGCGUUCGUUAGGCCUGGUUUACUCAAAGGACAGCAGUAUCAACAGAUGAGAUUCGAUCAUCAUGAUUUUAACGCGACGUUCAACGUUGGAGUGCAAAGCGACUCCGAUUCAUCGUCCGUGGUCGAUUUGAACCACCACGAGGUCAAGCCCCGUCCGCUUCUAAAUAUCGAUCUCAACCAACCAGCUCUUCCGGAAAUCGCCUGAUUUAUUUUUUAUAUUCGCCGAUCGUCAACCCGGAAAAGCACAAAUUUUCAAAUUUUGUUAUUUGACUUUAUUUCUUUACCUUUUAGUUCUCAAGGGAAAAAAUGAAGUAGAAUAGAGAAAAUGAGACCAAAAAAAAAAAAGUAAAAGAAAAUACAAUCACAGCAAGUGUGGUGAGAAGUUGAUGAGAUCUAUUGUGACAACCGUCCAAUCAUAAUAUCAACGGCGGUUAAGAGAUGUGAAUAGUUACUGAUAAUCUUCCCUUUUUGCAAGACAGAAACAUGUCUUGCUGUUCCAUAACUAGCUACCGCACUUUUUUUCAAUGAAAAUUAUUUGGGUUAUAAUAUUUGGUAAUCUAUAAUUGUGGGAUGAUAAAUAUCAUCGCCGGAAUCUGAAAAACGAGUUAUUU